UUCACUUUCUUCUUUCUUUUUCUAUAUUAACAAUCAAAUGUGGAAGCUUAAGGUCGCCGAGGGAAGUGGACCAUGGCUGUUUAGCACCAACAAUUUCGUCGGCCGGCAGAUAUGGGAGUUUGAUCCAGCCGCCGGCUCGCCGGAGGAAAGGGCCGAGGUUGAAAAGGCGUGUAUUGACUAUUCUAAAGGCCUUCCCUCCGGCGAUGUCCUUAUGAGACUUCAGCUUAAGGAGGAAAACAAGCACAUCGAUUUGAGUAUACCACCCGUGAGACUCGGAGACAACGAGGAGGUGACCUACGAAGCAACCACAACCGCUUUAAGGAAAGGCGUUCGAUUGAACUGUGCGAUCCAAGGCAAAGAUGGACAUUGGCCGGCUGAGAAUUCCGGCCAACAUUUUUUCACCCCUCCAUUGAUAUUCAUUCUGCACAUAAGUGGAACAAUCAACUCUGUCCUAACCCCACAACACAAGUUCGAGAUGAUUCGAUAUCUCUACAACCACCAAAAUAAAGAUGGUGGAUGGGGAUUUUACAUAACGGGUCAUAGCACCAUGAUGGGCUCAGUUCUGAACUACAUAAUGUUGCGUUUACUGGGCGUAGGGCCCGAUGGAGGAAAUGGGGCCAUGACCAGAGGCCGUCAAUGGAUUCUCGAUCAUGGUGGGGCCACCGGAAUACCCUCUUGGGGGAAGACUUACCUUGCGGUUCUUGGAGUUUAUGAUUGGGAAGGCUGCAACCCGAUGCCUCCAGAGUUCUGGCUUUUCCCUUCGUUUUUUCCAUACCAUCCCGCGAAAAUGUGGUGUUACUGUCGGACGACAUACAUGCCUAUGUCGUAUUUGUAUGGUAGGAAGUAUCAUGGGCCGAUAACGGAACUCAUCGAGUCUAUAAGAGAAGAAAUUUAUACCGUUCCUUACAAGGAAGUUGUUUGGCAUAAAGUCCGUCACUAUUGUUGUGAGGAGGAUCUUUACUAUCCUCAUACAUCGUUACAAGAUUUGCUUUGGGACACACUUCAUUACAUUGGCGAGCCAAUUAUUAAUCGAUGGCCUUUCAACAAGAUACGCGAGAGAUCUCUCAAGAAAGUUAUGAAGUAUCUUAAAUACGAAGCCGAAACUUCUAGAUAUAUGACAAUUGGUUGCGUCUCAAAGAGUCUUCAAAUGAUGUGUUGGUGGGCGGAGAAUCCAAAUGGCGAGGAAUUCAAAUACCAUCUUGCGAGAGUCCCCGACUUUUUAUGGAUGGCCGAGGAUGGGAUGAAGAUGACGAGCUUUGGAAGUCAAUUAUGGGAUUGCGUAUUUGCUACGCGAGCUAUACUUGCGAGCAAUAUGGUUGAGGAAUAUGGUGACACGUUAAAAAAGGCGCAUUUCUACAUCAAAGAGGCGCAAAUCAAAGACAACCCGACCGGAGAUUACAAGAGCAUGUACCGACAUUUUACGAAAGGAGCAUGGACUUUCUCCGAUCAAGAUCAUGGAUGGACUGUUUCGGAUUGCACAGCCGAGGCUCUUAAGUGUUUGCUUUUGCUUUCGCAAAUGCCGCUGGAUAUUUCUGGCGAGACACCUGAUGUUCAACGGCUUUACGAAGCCGUUGACAUUUUGCUAUACAUGCAGAGUACAGAAAGUGGUGGAUUUUCUAUAUGGGAGCCUGAAGUCCCACAACCUUACUUGGAGGGUCUAAAUCCAUCUGAAAUAUUCGCCGACAUUGUGGUCGAGCACGUGCAUGUCGAGAACACCGGAGCUAUAAUCCAAGCUCUAACAUCUUUCAGACGCAUGUAUCCCGGUUAUCGGGGUAAGGAGAUAGAGACCGCCGUCUCAAAGGCGGUCCCUUUCUUGGAGGGAAGACAAUAUCCCAAUGGGGCAUGGUAUGGUUAUUGGGGAAUUUGCUUCAUAUAUGGCACAUCGUUUGUUCUCGGAGGACUAGCGGCCGGAGGAAAGACAUAUAAUAACUGCGAAGCUGUUCGCAAAGGAGUCGAGUUCUUGCUUUCGAUACAAAACGAGGAAGGAGGAUGGGGAGAGAGCCAUCUUUCAUGUCCAACCAUGAAAUAUGUUGCAUUAGAAGGGAAUAGGAGUAAUGUGGUUCAAACAGCAUGGGCAAUGCUUGGUUUAAUCCAUGGUGGUCAGGCUGAGAGGGAUGCAACUCCUUUACACCGAGGAGCCAAAGUACUUAUUAAUGCUCAAAUGGAAGAUGGAGAUUUUCCACAACAAGAAAUUGCUGGAGUGUACAUGAGGAAUUGUAUGUUACAUUAUGCGGGAUACAGAAGCAGUUUUCCGACGUGGGCUCUUGCAGAGUAUCGGAAACAUGUGUGGCCGAAGACCAUCAAGAUGUAGACGCUAAUAAUAAAUCAUCUCGAAUAUGUAAUGGAAGUUAAAUAGAUGUAGCCUCGUUUUACUCCUUAUUUUCAAUAAUCUAUCAAUAGAGAGAUUAUAAAUAUAUGUAUGUAUCUUCAUGUUAUAAAUUUUGUACACAUAAUGUAAGAGUUUUACGGAAUAAUAUAAUAUCGAGCUUCUUA